AUGGAUGAUGUUGACAAUAUUAGUGAUAUUGUGAAACGUGUGGAAAAUCAAAAAGAAGACGAAAAUCAGAUUCUUUGUGGUCCACAUACAUUGAGACAGUUCUAUACAAAAAUACGUCGUCAUUCACUAAAAGAGGAUACAGAUAAUAGCAAUAGCUCAUUUGGCAUCGAGAGAAAGUUCUCAUCAAAUUGGACAUACAAAUUAAAUGAUGAAAAGUCAAGCAUAAAGACAUUGUGGCCUGUCUGUUGUCGAGAAUAUCUCUUUCUACCUGAAUUUAAAGUAAACAACAAAGAAUUGAAAGCAAAAUAUGAGAUUAAUGAUUUCAUAGCUAGCGGAUCAUUUGGAAAAGUCUAUAAAGUUCGUCAGCACAACACUAAUGACAUAUAUGCACUAAAGAUUCUUGAAAAAUCUAAAAUAAUCCUUGAUAACUACGUUAAUCAGUUAAAAGACGAAGUUUCAAUUCAACAAGCUAUUAGUCAUCACCCAUUUAUUGUUACAAGUCAGGAGCAUUGGCAAAACAAAGGUUACAUAUUUCAAUUGGCAGAAUACAUUUCCGAGGGAGAAUUAUUUCACAAGAUAAAACACUUUACACGCAAACUAGUGCAAAUAUAUGUGGCUGAAUUAGCAAUAGUCAUAGAAUUUCUUCAUAACGCUGGCAUUAUAUAUCGCGAUCUUAAAAGCGAAAACAUUCUACUAGAUGACAAUUUUCACAUCAAAUUGAUUGAUUUUGGUUUGAGUAAGUGGCUUAAACAAGGCCAGCGAACACUUACAAUUUGUGGAACCAAAAAUUCUAUGGCACCAGAAAUCUUCACCGGAAAUGGUUAUGAUCAUGCUGUCGAUUGGUACUCAUUAGGUAUAUUAGCGAUGAGAAUGUUCAAUAAUAAUCAGUGCCAUAAACACCCUUCUCACGAAGACAAUGGAAAUAUAUUUGAAAAUUUCGAUGAGCCAGAUGACGCAAGCAGGACAAUAGAACAAAACGAAAGUCCAAUAAUCAGACAUUCAUCAAUGUAUGGCGAGAACAUAGAUGCUCCAUCCAAAGAUUUAUUAAAUCGAUUGCUUGAAAAAGAUCCAAAGUAUCGAUUAAAGUCAAUUAUGAGUCUUCGUCGUAUCGCAUUCUAUCAUAAUUUCAAUUUUGACGAUGUACGUCAAAGAAAGAUAUCCCCCAGAAAAUUGAUUGAGGAUGACAAACAAAUGCCUUGA